UGAUUCACCCCAUCCAAGCGUGCUAGAGCAUUACAAAUUAACUGGCAAAUCGAACUAUAGCAACGUUGCCUCCGCAAUCAAGUCCGUUGUCCCUGUUGGCGGCGCCCGAUUUUUAACAUUUUCAUUAUUCGGUACAAAAAAGUCAAAUGCAGGUAGAAUAAGAUGUGUGCUGUUUUGUUUAUGACUACGAAUAAUCAUACUUUCAAUUCCAGUCAGAAUCCGACACAAUGACGAGCAAACUGGUGUUACUCCGGGAGGCGUUGGCCAUCUACUGGCGGACCCUCUUCAUCGUGUUCUUCCCCCUAAUCCUCCUACCGGUCUUCAUAAUGCACAACACGCCCGACAUGCGCUGCCUUUACGUCGUAAUCGUAAUGGCCGGCUUCUGGGUGACCGAGUGUCUGCCGUUACCGGUGACCGCUUUAAUUCCGAUGGUGCUCUUUCCCCUGAUGGGUAUACUCGACUCGGAGGCGACCUCCCUGGCCUACCUGAAGGAGACGAACAUGAUGUUCAUCGGCGGCCUAAUAAUCGCCAUCGCCGUCGAGCACUGCAACCUCCACCGACGCCUCGCGUUGGCCACGAUCCUGCUCGUCGGGUGCAGUCCGAGACGGUUGCACUUCGGCCUGAUCACGGUCACGAUGUUCGUCUCGAUGUGGAUCUCGAACACGGCGGCCGUCGCGAUGAUGUGCCCGAUCAUCGACGCCACCCUCAAGGAACUGGAAAGUCAGGGUAUCGGUAAGAUGUACAUUCAUCCGGAGAACGAAAACGAGGACGAGCCCACCGAAACGAAACCGAAGCCCGACGAGAAAUUGCAGCCGAGCAAAGUUACCAUCAGCUAUUUCCUAGGGGUGGCCUAUGCUUCCACAAUUGGCGGCCUUGGUACUAUUGUAGGAAGUGGGACUAAUCUCACUUUUAAAGGAAUCUACGAGCGAUUCUUCAGCGAAAGCGAGGGCCUAAUCUUCACGCACUGGAUAUUUCUGAACGUGCCAAUUAUGCUAAUAACAAUGGCGCUGACGUGGCUGUGGCUCCAAGUCUUUUACUUGGGACUGUUCAGGCCGAAAUCGAAGGACGCGCAGUGCAUACGCGUCGGCAAGCAGGGCGAGUACGUCGCGCAGAAGGUGAUCCGUCAGAAAAUGGUCGAGAUGGGCCCGAUGACAUUCCACGAAAUUUCCGUCGCGAUCCUCUUCGGCAUCGCCGUCCUCUUGUGGUUCUUCCGACAGCCCCAGUUCAUUCGGGGAUGGCCUACGCUUAUCACCAACACUAAGGUGAAAGAUGCCACCGCCGCUAUGAUCGUGGUGAUGCUGCUGUUUAUACUGCCAUCGAAGUCGGACUUCGUCAACAUCUUCAGGCGUAACAAGAACGCGAGACCGACCGAGCCGUCGCCUCCCUUAGUCACCUGGAAGGUGGUCCAACAGAAGCUACCCUGGGGCAUUAUCUUUCUGCUGGGCGGCGCGUUCGCCUUGGCCGAAGGCUCGCAGCAAACAAAAAUGGGCAAACUCGUCGCCUCGCAGCUCGGCGGCCUGCGCGUGCUCGGCAAGUUCGGAACAAUGGCCGUUUCGACGCUUCUCGCCUCGAUCCUAACCGAAUUCUCCAGCAACGUCGCCGUCGCCAACGUCAUACUGCAGGUGCUCGCCGAACUCUCGCGGGACAUAGGCGUGCACCCGCUCUACCUGAUGAUGCCCGCCGGUCUGGCGUGCUCGCACGCCUUCUGUCUGCCCGUCGGCACGCCGCCGAACGCGAUCGCAUCCGCCGCAUGCAAUAUUCCAACCAAACAAAUGAUAAUCGUCGGCAUAGGCGUUAACAUAAUCGCAUUUGUCGUUUUACUAGUUAUAUUUCCGCUACUCGCCCCGGUCGUCUACACGGACCUGGGCGAAUUUCCGCAGUGGGCCUGGGACAACACCACCAAUCACACCAGGACAUAGAACAAAUUAGUUAAGUUAAUUAUUUAAUAUUUUUCAUUAACGCCUCAUUACAUAAACUCCAUGGUCCAAUAAUUGAAGUUGAUUGGUUCAUUCAGGUGAUCUGUAUAUAAAACUCCCACGUUGUUGUACUUACAUAUCUGUAGAUGAAGCUCAACGUAGAUUUAAGGAAAUGUACAGAUACUGUUAGUAUUCUAUAUAUAUUUUUUGAACAAUUUUGUAACGUUAAAUGACUAUUUUAUUACAAAAUAAACUUCAUUUAUACAUUU